UCUAAUCAGUGCUAGAGGACAAGGACCCAUAGACAGCAUAUAAGCAAUUGGACCACUUCAACUACAUCCCCCAGGUAUCCCAUUGUAUGACGCAAAAUGCUCGCGACAGCUGUUUCCAUGGAGCCGAUAGAAGCUGGAUUAGCUUGUUGAGUUUUUUGUUGUUGUUGUUGUCGUCGUCGUCACGCGGCUUUCGGGAUGUCAGGACGACAAAAUAGCGAUCAUUUGGAGACUCUGUUUUCAUUCGAGCUUCUGGUGGAAUCUAUCCGAAUCGAUAAAGACAGUCAACUUUCCGACGAGCUGGCUCUAGGAGUACGACUGCUGGAUUUUCCGACGCUGCUCAUUUAUCAGCCUCAACAGGGCAGUGGUGGCAUUAAACAACAAGAUCAGCAUGGGAAGGAUCAACAGGGAGAACAGUACGCCUUCAACAGGGGGAAGUCUUGCUUCUUCAAAAUGAACCUGAACUCACUGCAUGCCCAUCUGUCUAACACCCCUCUCUAUGCUAUGGUGUUGGAUGUGAAAGAAGAGAUGCCCAAAUUAGUUGGUACCUCACUCGUCUCACUGGCGAACGCGGUGGACAGAAUCAGGCAGGAUGUGACCGAACGUGGGGUUUCUGCUCCCUCGUCCCACGGCCAGAGGGGUGUUGUUGAUGUAUGCAACCUCACGGGGCAGAAAACUGGAUCGAUUUCCCUGAGUUACAAACUGCUAAGUCUGGGAGCUAGUUUACUGCCACAUAUGACAGAAAGGAGGGGUCUUGAAAGCACCAGUGUACACCGAGGACAACGUGUACAACAAAACGUCACAGAAUCACGGCCCCUUGACUGUGGGAAUGUCUAUUCACCCGCACCGGACAAGCCUGGUGUUAGCGGAAACAUUCCAAACAACAAAUCAUCGAAUGAGAACACCUUGAUGAAUGAGGAUCAACAGGACAACGGUGUUUGUGUUGCUGCGCAGGCUGACCACAAGCCAAGAAGCCAAAUUAUGCCUCAGGCCCACCGAGAAACGGAAAACAACGUUGAAGAAGAUUCAGCUAUAUUUUGCCCGCCGCAUCUCUUCUACAAUAAUUGUGCAGAGGAAAAAAGCAAAACUGAAGGCGGGGAAUGCAAGUUACUGAAUCUAGUCUCGGAGGCUUUUACAUUCGAAGACACAGAGGAAGAGACAGGUGAAAAUACAACCGAAGGUACGGGUUCUCCAGUGAUGGAGCAGGGCGUUAGACGUGAUGGAAAUACGCCAAGGAACCAAGAAACAAGUGGGGGGACUCAAAAUGUCCUCGGGGAAUCCUUACGACAGUUGCCUCUACUGAACGCUCUUCUUGUUGAGUUGGCACAGUUGAAUGGCCAGAACCCCCACCAGCCCUUGUCUGUUCAUCCCAAUCUAUCUUGGAUUUACAGGCCCGCUUCCACGGAGCCUUCAGCUGGGAAUUUGAACACACAAAGAGAGGCGCAAACAAAAUCGCUGAAGAAAACCAGACAGGGGACUAGUCCCCACUUAAAACAUUUACAUCCCCCCAGAUACUGUUCUACACCAGUAGUUAGGCCUGCGUCUGUUAAAGUGAAUGACAAACAAGAAGAGGCUUUGAUUGAGCGUAAACGCUCCAGUAAAGCUCCUCGGAAGAAGCUUGUAUAUGGUACAACUAAAACAUUCAAUCUAAGGCUGAAGCUAAUUUCUCCUCUUAAAGUAAAACGGCAUGAAUGCAUGGACUUCAUACAGGAUGAAACACAGUCAAGGAUGGGCAAAGGAAAGGCGAUGUCAAGUGAUGAGAUCGCAAAGUCCAGCAAAAGAAAAUCCGUAUUAAAUCAGAGAUCCAGUCUAAACGAGAACGUUGAAACAAUGAUGCAAAGCGUCACCGUGGGCUCUGCACUACAAGAAACGAUACACAAACAGAGAACCCUGCAUGGGAAAAUCCAGGGUGAACAAGACCGGGACUCUCAGGGAAUUUCAGACAGAUCUUCCCUUUCUGAAAGGGACUUGAAAUGUAUUCGCAUCCCCAGUGUGGCUGGUGACACCGUUUCCCAAAACAAAGCCAAAAAGGAGCAUCACAGCGAAUCCAAUCAAGGCAAAUCCCACUCUGAAUCCGACCGGCACAGAGAGAACACGGAAUCUUCAGGAAGCAGCGGACGCAGCAGCCCCAAAUCUUCAUUUCCAGACUCCAGCGGGGAAGAAAACGAGGAGGCAGACUACGCCGAUGACUUUAACAGCCUGGAGCCCAGCGAUGCCUACUCCUGCUCCCCUGACCCCGCGAGUAGCCCCGAGCCCUCUAGCGCCAAGACCCCGCGGCCUCCCGUCUGCCCCGAGUCCCGCAGCUCUGAAGGUCUGCAGAAGAGAGCGGCCCUCCCCGUGCCCAUCAAAGCCCCCAGCUCUCCACAGCGUGCUCUGAGGGGCACGCACAUCAUCCGACCUCGAACCCACGCCUCGGCGCUCAGCGUCUCCUCCGAUGACAGUGACAGAGACGCCGGGUCGGCUUCCUUACAAACCGUACGCUCCAGGAAACAGAUGGCCGAGAGUAGUAGAGUGGAAAGGAGCGCUGAGGGUGUCAUGUCGUCGAGGGGUCAAAGGAGCGGGUCCACCAAGAGCAGCGGUUCUGUUCGAGGAUUUUCUGCAGAAUCGAUAUCCCGCUUUGAACCGCAAGACGUAGAGGAACUGGAGGAUGAGCUUGGAUCUCUGGAUUUCAAAAAGGAGUACCAGCAUAUCUCUGAGCUAGUGGCCAACAAACUCCCUGGUUACACUAUGUAAAGAAACAAUAAAGAAUACCACUUUAUGGUAACAUCGAGGCUACACUAUCUCCCCUGAUUAGGUGAAACAGAAGAGUAUUUGUGUACAUGUUCCUUUCAGUUAUGAUGUCUGACAACUUCUUUGAAU